GGGGCUGCGGCGGGCAGCGCUGCCCGGCGCCGCGGAGCAGCCCGAGAGGCCCGGGCCCGGGGCCGCGUCCCGGCCGCAGUCCAGGAGCCCGGCGGCACGGUUGAUGGUCCUCUGGUCAGCAGCAUUCCGGGAAGAAGAUGGCUCAGCCAGCACCCCUGAACCAGAACCUCCCAGAUCUUGGGGGCCCAUUCUUAUACCGGGACCAGGAUGAUGGAGAGAAGAGCUCGUAUUCUGUGGAAACCCCUUAUGGCUUCCUGCUGGACCUUGAUUUCCUGAAGUAUGUUGAUGAUAUUGAAAGUGGCCAAACACUCAAGAAAGUGCCGCUGCCUCGCAGGGUGAAAGGGUCCCGUCCACCACCCAGCACCCUGCGCAGCCCCAGCAGCUACACCAGUGCCUGGACCUCCACCGAGUCCCUCACCUCCACGGCCAGCGAGGAGGGCAGGACUGCGCUGCUGCUGUCUCCACACAGCCGAGCACCCCUGGAGCCCGUGAGCAAGCCAACCUCCCACCCCAUCUCACCGCCGCCGGUACGACUGCUCCCGCCUCCCACCCGUAAGUGCCUCAUGCCAAACCCACGGGUGGAGAAGACCUUGCUGGAGACGAGCAGGAGGCUGGAGCAGGAGCAGGGCCGUUUGCAGGAUAUUGGCGGUCCCUCCCACAGUGGCCUGCCGGGUGGCCUGGGCCAGCCACCCCACUGGGUGCCGGUGGGCACCGAGGGCCAGGUGGGCUGGGGCCGGGUGAGCCCUGGCAGCUCGGGGCGCAGCACUCCGGCUGCGGGGCUCAGCACGGCCCCGCUGCAGCACGUGCGGGAGCAGAUGGCUGCAGCCCUGCGUCAGCUCCGGGACCUGGAGGAGCAGGUGAAAACCAUUCCACUCCUGGAGAUGCAGAUCUGCGAAUUGAAGAGGGAGAAAGCAAAGUUGCUGGAGAAGCUGUCGGCGGAGCCUGGCGAGGCACUGUAUCACCCCUCUGGCUCUGAGGCAGGGGCAGGAGCUGAGGAGGCGCCCCGCACAGGGCCAGAGAGUGAAGCAGAGCCAGUGAAGGGGCGGACGAGCAAAAUUGCAGAGCUGAGGAAGUUGACAGAGAAGCUGGCUGUGCCAGAGCGGAACGUCAGGGCUUGGCCAAGCAAGAGCCCCAGGGUGGCUGAGAGGCCGUGCCGCUCUGUGGCAGUGGGUGAAGACCGGGCCAUGACAGAUGCCGUCUUCUACUAUCGGUCACAGCAGGAGAGAGGGGACGAGCCAGACAGCAGCACACGGGGACGCAGGGAUGUGGCCGUCUGGGUGCUGGAGUCCUCGCUGGGGCUGGCCACUGAGGCGGAGCGGGAGCUAGAGCUGCUGCAGCAGACGGUGGGGCACCAGAAGGAGGUGAUCACCCUGAUGGAGGGGCACCUACAGGAGGCCACGCGGGAGCUGGAGGAGCUGCGGCUGGAGGUGUGCGCCCGCCGGCCUCGCGGGCUGGUAGACAAGGAGGUGAUGGCCAAGCCACAGGUGGCUGAGGCACUGGUGGAGGCUGUGGUAGUGACACAGAGCCAGGCAGCUGGUGACCCCCCAAAGACGGCAGAGGCAGGUGUGGAGUGCUGCCCCUCGACCUCCUGCGUUGCUGUGGGCUGCCACCCCGACGGGCGGGAUGUGGCCGUUGGACCCGAUUCAGCUGCCAGCUGCGAUGACAAGGGCAGCCAGACAGAUGUGGGCAGCAUUGUCCUGGCAGGAGAGGAGAAGGAGCCUGGUGCGGGCAAAGUGAUGGAGCCUGGACUGGGUGAUGGCCUGAGCAGCCCCUCAGCGCCGGCCGCAGGAGCAAUGGGGGGGAUGUGCGCAGAUAGCCGAGGCCCUGGGCCAGCUGUGCCAGAGAUGACACACAGCAACCGGGACCCAUCCCCAGCACAGGACAGUGGAGCUGCCCCAAACCCUGUGGCCGGAGCCCUGAAGUCCAUCAUGAAGAAGCGGGAUGGUCCUCCACGGAGAGAGGCAGAGGGCAGCAAGAAGAGCCUGCAGUUUGUGGGCGUGCUGAAUGGGGAGUAUGAGAGCACAUCCAGUGAGGAGGAGGAAGAAGGCAACAGCUCCUCUGAGAAGGCUUCGGCCGACAGCUCCAAUAGCUCAGAGCAGGGAGACACCGAAACCUCAGAGGAGGAGGCUGGGGAAGGCACGUGUGAGCCCAGACUGGAGAGCCAGGGGACUGAUGUGAGCCUGCUGGAGCCCCCCGAGGUGAAGGAAAAGUUUGAGCUGAACCCCAGGAUGAGGGAGGCCUGCCUCAUUGUGAAGACCCACCUGGGCCACCCUGGUGCUGCCAAGAGCAAAGAGGUGCUCGCCAGCAGCAGCCUGGUCCUUCAGGAGUGGUUCCGUCUGUCCAGCCAAAAGUCGUCUGUCCCUGACACAGUUGCCAACCACCUCCUGGCCUUUGCUGAGGUCUCACCAGCUCUCCUGGCCCAUGUGGUGAACCUGGCAGAUGGGAAUGGCAACACGGCCCUGCACUACAGCGUCUCCCACUCCAACUUCCACAUCGUGUGGCUGCUGCUGGAUACGGGGAUCUGUAAUGUGGACCACCAGAACAAAGCUGGGUACACUGCCCUCAUGCUGGCAGCACUGGCAGCCGUUGAGCAGGAGGAGGACAUGAAUGUGGUCAGGAGGCUCUUCAGCAUGGGCAACGUCAACGCCAAGGCCAGCCAGGCUGGCCAGACUGCGCUGAUGCUGGCUGUCAGCCAUGGCCGGCAGGAGAUGGUGGAAGCCCUGCUUGCCUGCGGGGCCGACGUGAACCUGCAGGAUGAGGAGGGCUCGACCGCCCUGAUGUGCGCCUGCGAGCAUGGCCGAGUGGAGACCGUGAAGCUGCUGCUGGCUCAGCCCACGUGCAACAUCUCCAUCGUGGAUAGUGAUGGUAACAACGCUGUUGCCAUCGCACUGGAGGCCGGUCACAGUGACAUCGCCGCCCUGCUCUACGCUCACCUCAACGGCACCAAGGCGCAGGCCCCCCACAUGCAUAUAAAGCAAAAAAAAAUUAUAUUGCUUGGCCAAAGGAUGAAGUUCAACAUGAAAUCACUUGGGAUUUGAUUUGCUCAAUGGGAGCAAAACCUCUGAGUAGCUGGGGUUGCAGCCAAGUGACAAAAGGGGCUGAGGGCCAAGGAUGCAUUUGGGGACUAAACCUGCCCGAUAACCCACAAGGGGAGCAAGUCCUUUUCCCAAGGAAGAGAGACCAAUUACCUCCUAAACAUUUCCCCAGUUAGCCAGCCCUACAGACUGUGCAGACAGCCAGAGGUCACAGCAGAGUCCCUCUCUGCCCACUUUCCAUCCCAAAAGAGAGGACAGCACCAGGAAAAACACAUGGGCCAGAAGAGCUCAGAGCACACAGGUGGAGCCUGCAAAGGGAACAUGUAUGUUAGAGAACAUGUGUCUGUGCAAGUGUGUGAACACUGUGUGGGGUGGGAACAUGGUGAGGACAAAGACCAGGAGGAAAAAGGGUUUUGCAAGGCAAGGUAGCUCUGCUCUGAGCCCUUCACAAAGGUAAUGUGUUGUGCCCCCCAUUCCUGCUACUUGGCCCAACUUCACUUCUGCCCCUGCCUGACGUGCUCUGAGCUGGGGAACCCCACAACCCUCCUCAGAAACUUGCUCUCAGCUUUGCACUGGAGUUAAUAUACAGCUCUCACUGCCACUCCCUAAUACACUACCCUGUUUACUGGUAUUUUAACACUGAUGUUUAUUUUUAAGAUAUAAAUAAAAUUUAAAGUUAUUUUGAAAUAUUACAGUGA